UCUGCAGCCAGUCGUUCAGUCAGUCGUUCAGCCAGUCGUUCAGCAGACACCAUGGCUCAGCUGGUGGAGUGUGUCCCAAACUUCUCCGAGGGUCGAGACAAAGAGGUGAUCGACGCCAUCUCCACCGCCAUCUCCGGCACCUCAGGCUGCAGCCUGCUGGACGUCGACCCCGGGGCCUCCACCAACCGCACUGUCUACACCUUCGUGGGCUCUCCUGAGGCUGUGGUGGAGGGAGCGCUGAAUGCCGCCCGCCAGGCCUUCAGCCUCAUCGACAUGAGCAAACACUCAGGUGAGCACCCUCGGACUGGAGCACUGGACGUCUGUCCUUUCAUCCCCGUCCAGAACGUCACCAUGGAUGACUGCGUCCACUGCGCCAACAUGUUUGGACAGAAACUGUCAGAGAUGCUGCACGUCCCCGUUUAUCUUUACGGAGAAGCAGCUCGAAGAGAGACGAGGAGGAGUCUUCCCUCUGUGAGGGCCGGAGAGUAUGAGGCUCUACCUGAGAAGCUGAAACGUGAGGAGUGGGCCCCUGACUUCGGCCCCGCAGUCUUCGUACCAUCCUGGGGCGCCACGGUCACUGGCGCACGGAAGUUCCUCAUCGCCUACAACGUGAACCUGAUCGCCACCAAAGAGCAGGCUCACCGCAUCGCCCUGGACAUCAGGGAGCAGGGCCGAGGGAAAGACCAGCCCGGGCUGCUGAAGAAGGUGCAGGGAAUGGGCUGGUACCUGGACGAAGCCAACCUGGCUCAGGUGUCCACCAACAUCCUGGACUACGAGCUGACCCCCCUCCACACUGUGUACCAGGAGAUCUGCAGGGACGCUGAGGACCUGAACCUCCCGGUGGUGGGCUCUCAGAUCGUGGGUCUGAUCCCUCUGAAGGCUCUGCUGGAUGCUGCAGACUUCUACAUCAGCAGAGAGCGACUCUUCGUUGUGGAGGAGGAGCACAGAGUCCGGCUGGUCAUCAGCAAACUGGGCCUCGACUCUCUCGGCCCGUUCGAGCCAAAGGAGAGAAUCAUAGAGUACAUGGUGAGGUCACAGGAGGACAGCCAGCUGGUGUCUCUGUCUCUGCAGCAGUUUAUUCGGAAUGUCGGAGCUCGGACGGCAGCUCCUGGAGGAGGAUCCGUUUCUGCUGCCAUCGCUGCUCUGGGGGCAGCGCUGGGGGCCAUGGUGGGUCAGAUGACAUACGGGAAGAGGCAGUUUGAGAAGGUGGACGGUGUGAUGAGGAGGCUGAUUCCUCCGUUCCAUCAGGCCAUGAACGAGCUGCUGCACAUGGUGGACGCUGACUCGACCGCCUUCAACAGCUACAUGGCGGCGCUGAAGAUGCCAAAGACGACGACAGAAGAGAUUCAGAGAUGUGUGUGCUGUUCCAGAUGUGUAUGUGCUGUUACAGAUGUCCUCUGUUCUGCUGUCAGGAGAGAGGCUGCGAUGCAGGGGGGGCUGCAGAGAGCCGUGGGCGUCCCGCUGGCUCUGGCGGAGAGGGUCAGUGUCCUCUGGCCGCCUCUUAAAGAAAUGGUCGUCUACGGAAAUGUCGCCUGCAAGUCUGAUGCUCAGGUCGCAGCUAAAGCUUUGGAGACAGCUGUUUUUGGAGCGUACUACAACGUGAUGAUCAACCUCAAAGACAUCACAGACGAUGCCUUCAGAGCGGCUACUCAGAAAAGAGUGUCGGCCUUGCUGCAGGAGGCGAAGGACAGCACUGCCGCCGUCCUCGAAGCUGCUGAGAAAAGAACCUGAGAGGACAGAGCGGCUGCUCCCGCAAAGAUCCUCCCCUGAAAAACCCCACAAAGGUUACUGUUAUGAGCGCUGGUUCACAUGUGAGUUACUACAUGUUGUAAAUCCUGUCUGGAAUAAAAGCCUGAAAUGCUGU